UGCCGGCUGUGUGUGUGUGACCAGGAUACAAUACACCGUUUUUUUCUCUCACCCACGCAACACACACUCCCGUUAUUCCAGUCGCUGUGGGAGAAAUUCGUCUUUACCUGUCCGGCUGCACACCUGAGCGGACUCACCUGUCCGACCAAUUGUCAUUUUGUUUGAGUCCAGGAAACGAACAGUUUAAAGGAAAGGUGUGCUACUGGGAAAAAGGUGAUUAAAAUCGACUUGCGAAACGAGAAGAAAGGUGCAAAGAGGAAGAAGAUUGGAUCGACACCUUCCAUUUUUUUUCCUUCCAACUUUGGAGUUUCCUGCCUUUUGUAACUUUUGUUACCCCUCUCCAAACCUUCCCAAGAAGAGUCCCAGAGUCUAAAUUAAACAUGCCGAGGGCCUUUCUGGUGAAGAAGGCAAAUGUUUCUCCGGGAAAGCGGAACUGGUCCGAGCUCCCUGAUCAUGAGCGAGGCGACGUCUACAUCCCAGUCCCCAUCAUCCCACCCUCAUUCGUGAUGGAGGUUGAAGCGAGUCCCGCCGAGGCCUCGCCGCUCUGCCUCACCAAAUACUCUCUCUCAGACACCCACAGAAGCGCCGAGCUGCCGUCCAGUACCGCUCUGGGCCGACCGCAGAGCCCGGCCGCCGAGCAGAGGACCGACAUCCGGAGGAGAGCGCAGGGAUCCCCUUACAUCCGCUCCAAAAUCAAGGUGACUACAGGUGAGCUUCCCCCGGAUCCCUCUCACCUCCCUCUCAUUCUACCUCCUGUUCCCACCCCGGCAUCCCUCACUCCCAAUGCCACGGUGAUGCCCGUUGCCUUGACGACAAUCCCUGACCAAAUGGAAGCGGUUUCGAUGGUGACCAGGUCGACAGGUCAGAGUCAGUACAUGUGCCAGGUGUGCCAGAAGACCUUCCAGUACCAGCGGAUGCUAAACAGACACCUGAAGUGCCACAACGACACCAAGAGACACUUGUGCACCUUCUGUGGGAAAGGCUUCAACGACACUUUCGACCUCAAGAGACACGUACGCACACACACAGGAGUCCGUCCCUACAAGUGCACCCUGUGUGAAAAGGCCUUCACCCAGCGCUGCUCCUUGGAGUCGCACAUGAAGAAGAUCCACAGCGUGACGCAGAAGUACGCCUACAAGGAGCGCCGCAAUAAGCUGUACGUCUGCGAGGAGUGCGGCCUGACGUCGGGAAGCCAGGACGAGCUGCUCAUCCACCUGCAAUCGCUGCACCCCGACAGCGCCCUGCUGAAGGGGAAGGCAGCGAGGCGAGGUGGGGGAGGAGGAGGGGAGGCUGACGAGUCGUCCCCUGGAUCCCCUCAUGGAGCGGAGAGCGAUGAUACCACCGGAUCUGCAGGGCAGUAGAGGAGGAGGCGGGAAAGUCAUUAACCUCAGGACCUCAGGACACAAAAGUGAUUAAAACAUAGGGGGGGGGGUGUGUAUGAAUGUUUACUGUAUAUAUCACAAUGAUGCACCAAACAAGGCCAAGUGUGACUUUAACUUAUAUAUAUUUUUACAUGUGUGAUGGUGGGAAAAAAGCUCCUUCAACAAUACCAAAAAAAAAAACCUGAUUUGUAUUGCAUGUGAAUAUUUCUGGUGGGUGUCUAUCUAUCGACAGUGAGUUUUUCCGUGAAAAAAUACCCUGUGCAUUAAAGAAGUAAUAUAUAUCCCAAGAA